ACUGAAUGUGAAUUUAUGAAGCUUAUUUCCAGUAAAAUACACCAAAUACGAGGAAAGAACAACAGUCAUCCACAGAAAUACCAAAAUCCAGGUACUGAUCAAACAGACUUAUGUGGGUGCAGUAUUUAUAUUGUUAGAGAAUCCAGUGAGCUCACUUUUUGGUGUUUGAAGGUUGAAAAGCCAAGAAAUGUUCAUCAUCACUUCCAAAAGCUUCUGACGGAAUUAAAGAAAUCCACUGAUGCCUAUGAGCUGAGUGUUGCCAACAGGCUCUAUGGAAGAGAAGAUUUUCCGUUUCUCCAGGAAUACAUGGAUAAUGUUCAGAAAUACUACCUGGCCAGUGUGGAAUCUGCCGAUUUUAUCAGCACUGCAGAGGAAAGUCGAAAGAUGAUUAAUUCCUGGGUGGAGAGCCAAACCAAUGAAAAAAUCAAGGACCUAUUUCCCAAAGACUCUCUCGACAGCUCUACUGCUCUGGUUCUGGUGAACGCUGUCUAUUUCAAAGGGCAGUGGAACCAGAAAUUUAAGGAAGAACAUACUGCAGAGGAAAAAUUUUGGCUGAACAAGGAUACAAGCAAACCUGUGCAGAUGAUGAAACAAACCAGUAGUUUCCAGUUCGUGUCACUGGAGGAUGUGCAAGCCAAGAUCCUGGAAAUCCCGUACAAAGGCGAAGAGCUAAGCAUGAUGGUGCUGCUGCCCAAUGAAGUAGACGGUCUGCAGGAGCUUGAAGACCAGCUCACUGCUGAGAAGUUAAUAGCAUGGACGAGCCCACAGAAUAUGGGGAAGCGACAAGUGGAUUUAUACCUGCCUCGAUUUAAAGUGGAAGAGAGCUACAACUUCGUGCCCACACUGCGAGCCCUGGGGAUUCUGGAUGCCUUCAAUGACAGGGUCGCCAACUUCUCGGGCAUGACCGGGAGAUGUGAUCUGGCGGUGUCGACGGUCGUCCACAAGUCCUUUGUGGAGGUGACCGAGGAGGGCACCGAGGCCGCGGCUGCUACCGGUGUGGGUAUUAGUGUCACAUCAUUACCGUUUGGAGAGAGUUUCCGCUGCGAUCACCCUUUCCUGUUCCUCAUCAAGCACAUCAAGACCAACAGCAUCCUCUUCUGUGGCCGAGUCUCUUCCCCUUAGACGUCCUUGGCCAGUGGCCACACUCAGGGACAUUCAGAGAGCUGUUCCCGGGGCUUGAAUGCUAGUGUUAACAGGUUGCCUUGGAUUCGUU